CCCCCUGGUGGGGGCGGCCGCGGGGACUAACGGAGCACCGUCACUGCGGGGGCGACCAGAGGGCGCUGCCGGGUUCCCCCCUUCCCGCUGCUGGCCACUGUGCGGGAGCCCCGAGAACCCUAUCCGCAAGGGAUUUUGGCUCAGGGGAGCAGGAUUCAUCCGGGAAGGAAACAUCUGGUGGGGAGGCGGUGGCAGCUGGGCUCAGGAGGCUGCCCCUCGGCGCCUCCACUCCCGCCUUCCCGGGCCCAGACGGUGAAGAGAGGCCCCGGCCCGCGUGCGCUCGGGGGCCGCCCCGCCCUCCCGCCGCCAGCUGCUGCGCGAGGUAGCCUUCCCACGCGCUCAGCCCUCGUCCCUACCACCCCCCAACCCAGUCCGCUCUCCCAGGAUCGGGCCGGGCCAGCCAGCAGGAGAGAGAGGUGCGGGGCUUGGCCUGGGUGGAGAGGACGCCUCGGUGCCCGCCUGAUCCCGCGCGGUCCCAGCCAGCACAAGCUCAGCGCCCGCGCGGACAGUUCCCCCUCUGUCCCCACCUCCGCCCGACUUCGCGCCGACGCAGACCCAAGCCUCAGCAGGGCCCUCGAGACCGCUUCACCCCGUUUUCUUUUACCUCUGAGUUUCAUGGCUGUCUAAGGAAUUCGUUUUUGCGUUUGUGGUGUCUAAUUAUACGGCCAAGUGGCGGCUCACGCAGAGGCCCAGGGAAAACUGUAGUGGCAGAACUGAGUCCUGGGGCAGCCCCGGCACCUCCAAGCCUCCGACCUUAGGGGCGGACUCAGACGGGGCAGGUGGCACCCUCACUCUUAGAGGCCUUCUGGCUUUUAAGACUCCGGAAAGGUCUUUUGGGAUUCUGCUCGAUGCAUGUCCUGGCCGUCUUUUCUCCCGAGCCUGUCGCCGCUCCACCCCCAGGGAGGGGGACACAGUGGGACGUGGAAUGCCCUCUAGGGAAAGAGUUCCUGAGAACUCGUUUAGAGCUCGGAGCGCCAACGGGCAGUCAGUGUCCUGCAUCCUGCCCUAAGGGCCGCUCAACUCGGAAUCUGGCAGCCUAAGCCUCGCGAAGGCCAAGGACGAGGGGGUCUUGCUCCGGCCCGUGGUCCCUCAGCACCCUUGUUUCAGUACUAGACAAGACCAUGGAGAGCUGCUGUGCCCGAAGAGCCUGCAGCUCCCGUGUGAACCCGGCCUCCAUCGAGAGGAAGGUCUCCGCCUGGCUGGGGCUGAGCAAGCACUCGGGGUGACAGUGGGCUGACUGCGGCUCCAGGGAGCGGAGUGGGGAGCGCGCCCGACCACCAUGCCGCGUUCGUUCCUUGUCAAGAGCAAGAAGGCUCACAGUUACCACCAGCCGCGCUCCCCGGGGCCCGACUAUUCCCUCCGCCUGGAGAAUGUCCUAGCGCCAGGCGGAGCAGACAGCACCUCGAGCACAGGCGGGGCUAAGACGGAGCUCCGGGGUCGUCUGUCCCCCGAGUCACAGUUGACCGAGGCCCCCGAGAGAUCCUCCGCAUCCCCGGGCAGCUGUGAGGGCAGCGUCUGCGACCGGAGCUCAGAGUUUGAGGACUUCUGGAGGCCUCCGUCGCCCUCUGUGUCUCCAGCCUCGGAGAAGUCCGCGUGCCCGUCGCUGGACGAAGCCCAGCCCUUCCCCCUGCCCUUCAAACCUUACUCUUGGAGCGGCCUGGCGGGUUCUGACCUGCGGCACUUGGUGCACAGCUACCCGCCGUGCGCGGCCCUGGAGCGCGGCUCCGGCCUGGGCCUCUUCUGCGAGCGCGCCCCGGAGCCGGGCCACCCCGCGGCGCUCUACGGCCCUGAGCGCUACGGCGAUUUCGGGCCCGCGGCGGCAGGGUUGUACGAGCGGCCGACGGCGGCGGCGGGAGGGCUGUACUCGGAGCGCGGCCAUGGGCUGCACGCGGACAAAGGCGCUGGCGUCAAGGUGGAGUCGGAGCUGCUGUGCACCCGCCUGCUGCUGGGCGGCGGCUCCUACAAGUGCAUCAAGUGUCCUCAGGUGUUCUCCACGCCGCACGGGCUCGAGGUGCACGUGCGCAGGUCCCACAGCGGCACGAGACCCUUUGCGUGCGAGAUGUGCGGCAAGACCUUCGGGCACGCGGUGAGCCUGGAGCAGCAUAAAGCCGUGCACUCGCAGGAACGAAGCUUCGACUGCAAGAUCUGUGGCAAGAGCUUCAAGAGGUCAUCUACUCUGUCCACACACUUGCUCAUCCACUCAGACACCCGGCCCUACCCUUGUCAGUACUGUGGCAAGAGGUUCCACCAGAAGUCAGACAUGAAGAAACACACCUUCAUCCACACUGGUGAGAAGCCCCACAAGUGCCAGGUGUGUGGGAAGGCAUUCAGCCAGAGCUCCAACCUCAUCACCCACAGCCGCAAGCACACAGGCUUCAAACCCUUUGGCUGCGACCUGUGUGGGAAGGGCUUCCAGAGGAAGGUGGACCUCAGGCGGCACCGGGAGACCCAGCAUGGGCUCAAAUGAGAGCCCUGGCAGGCUGCAAGCAGCAGUUACACAACACUAGGGAGGGCAGCCUCCCCAUUUGCCACCAUCCAUGUCUGACUUCUCAGGCCCUCCAGGCCAGUCCGAAGCUCCCAGCGGGGUGAGCUCCUUCACCUUACUUCCUGGAAUGGCAAGAAGGGAUAAGUUACCUUUUCAGAGUUCAGCCCAGAAUGGGAACCAAACGACUCACUGGGCUUUGGACAUGCCGAAUAGUCUCCUCAACACCUGAAGACUGGAAGUCAAGAGGGGAUCCGCUAAAAUCUCGGGCCCUGCAGUUCUUCCCAUUCCCAGCCCGGCUCCACAGACAGGAAAGUCCUUCAGGUUUUUCCCCUCUUCUUGCCCCACCCCAGAUCCUGGGGUGGGAGAGGAGGGGGCCACCAUUUACAUUUCAUUAUCUAGAAUGAAAAAUGAGUGUUACUUAUUAUCUUUCUUUCUGGGGAGUCUGUCAACCCCUUCUAUUGGGUGCUGCCUAUAAAUCUUGGAGGAAUCAAUUCUCCCACUCGAAGACUGGUUCAGAAACUGAUUUGGGGAAAGAGUUUCAUACUUUUGAAAUUACAAUAUAUGCUGUCCAUCCUGCUCCAAGCAGGAGCGGAAGAAACGUGGACUUGGUGGUGAGAGGAGAGGAGAGUCCUCCCUGCAGGAGGCUUGUAAAGCCUCCGUCAGAGGAGGGAAGGCACAGAGCAGCACCUCUGGACAACACACCCUCCCCUCACUCAGCAGACAUUUAUUGACCACCAGGUCCCGGGCCUGUGCUAGGUACUGGGGAGCCAGAGAGUAAAGUCACGGCCCGUGCCCCUGCCCUUCAAAAGCUAACAGUUGCACUUCCAAGUGGCAGGAUCUGUUUUUUUUCCCUCCUAAGGAAUUCAGAGAAGACAAAACAAAAUCUUGACCCUUCUUUCUGACACGUUUGGAUUUUAUCAAGCAUAAACAAACAGAAAAAUAGCUGAACAGAUACUUCCAAGAUCCAUGUGUCUAUUCAGUUUUUUAUUGUUAAGCUGGUAUUUUUAAGAUGUCUAAGCUAGCAGGCAUGUGGAGUGGCCCUCCAUGUGCGUUAUGAAGAAAAAAGUGGUGUUUCACUUUGAUGAGGUUUGUAAAUGUUUUUAGAUCUUCUGGAGUGCAUUGUGUUUGUUAAUACGUAUUUAUUAGAGUGAUGUGUUAAGUUAAUAAAGUGUUAAGACUCUGACCUAUUGCUUUUCAUUUAGGCAGGGAAUUUGGGAAAGACCUUUGUUUUAGUCCAUAGCAGGAGUUGGCACUGAAAGAAACUACAGUGCGGUAUUAAAAGUAAAGCAGACAAGCCAAUAUCCAGAAGAGAGUAAAACCCAAUUGCUCGGAUUUUCAUUUGCUUUUUCCUUCUACACCUCAGAGAUCAUUCUUUCUUAACAGAAAAACUAGGUAUACAAAACUAAGCUCCUACUUUAUAAAGUCCCAGUGGUUCCAUACGUACGUACAUACUUCUGAAGACUUCAGGGUUGUUUUUGCUGGUUGGUGGGUGGGUGG